AUGAAGCAGGAGGUCAACGAGGGAAACAAAGAAGAAGAAAGCGCCAAAGGCAGUAGCGAAAAUAAUGACACUCUUUAUAAUGAAUUAUUUUGUCUCAUUUGUGCGGACAAGGAUAUUGUUAAAAGGGAGGCUUUUAAAAUUCUGUUAAGUCUGAUCGACAAUGAGUCUAUGGUGGCAUACAUACACAAGAACGAAAAGAAAUGUUUGAAGAUUUUAAUUUCUGCACUCAACUCCAAUUACGAGCUCGUAGCUCUCCAGUGUUUGGUGAACCUGUCCGCACACAUGCCCAAAGAACUGAUUCAGAGGAACCUGAUUGAAAUUGUGUUCGACAUACUGAAGGACGAACAGGAGACCGAGGCGAAAGGCCACACGGAGCUGUACAUUAUGCUCGUGGCUAACCUCUCCAGGGAAAAGGAAGGCAUAUAUAAAAUUUUGGACAUUCCCGAGGAGAAGCAGGAGAAGCAGCAGACGGAGGAGCAGUUAGCGGUGAGCUACUACCUCAACAAGCUACUCCACCUGUUCUCCAAGCCCAUUGUAACAUCCUCAAUUAACAAGCAAGUCACAGACAAGUACUUUUUCAUUGUUCAUGUGUUAAUUAACGUAUCAUCUGUUAAAGAGUGCGCUCAUUUUUUCAAAAGCGUUUUUCUGUUGAAUAUGUUGAGCAACCAGAUGCUUCAGGAGGAGAGGUGCGCCGCCGUGCUUCAAUGCGUAUUAAAUCUUUGUGUGAGUGAAAUUCUUCAUCCUUAUAUCUUUCAUGAAGACUGCCUUCUAAUACCUCGUAUCCUUUCCCUUGUGUAUACGCGUGAAAAGGGUGGCGAAAUGUUAACGCACUCUUCCGUCGACACUAACCAAAAAGGGACAAACAAGGGUCUAGUGCAUCAUCACAUUUUGAACAUGUCAACAGUGCUCACCACCUCCAUGGAUAUAAAAAAUAGAGUCAUGAUUCUUCUGCGUAAUUUAUUUACGCGAGACGUUGCCAGGGAAAAGCUCCGCAGCUAUGGAAUAGAACACGUCUUAAGGAACUGGCUGCUGCAUGAGAAGAACACAGACAUCACAAGCGACGUCACCCACCUGGUCGACAUGUACACGGAGAUAACUCCGGGCUGCGUUUACAUCGGGUGA